AUGUCCACAUCUGAAACACGUCAAAAGCCAAAUCUACUUAUAACUGGUACGCCUGGUACUGGAAAAAGUACUCUUUGUGAAACAUUGUCGGAAAAAUUAGGUUUUGACUAUAUCAACUGUGGUAAAGAAAUCGUCGAGAAUAAUUUGUAUUCAGAAUAUGAUGAGGAGUUUGACAGUCAUGUGCUUGAUGAAGAUAAAUUCUUGGACCACAUUGAAGAUAGAAUGGAUUCGGAGAGUGGAGGUUAUAUAGUGGAUUAUCAUGGUUCUGACUUCUUCCCGGAAAGAUGGUUCGAUUUUAUAUUUGUUUUACGAUGUAACAAUACAAUUCUUUACGACCGACUUUCUGCUCGAGGUUAUAGCAAUAAAAAAAUUCAAGAAAAUAUUGAGUGUGAAAUAUUCGGAUCAUUACUAGAAGAAGCUGCAAAUUCGUAUGAUGAAAAAAUUGUUUAUGAAUUACAAAACGAGACAGUUGAUCAGUUGUCUGAUAAUUUGGAAAGGAUAUGCCAGUUAGUUUCGCAAUGGAAGAAACAGUGA